AAUUAUCACCGCAGUGCGCACCUCGGAUCCGGGGGUUGUUCCACACGUACUUCAAACACCAUCCCCGGUUGUUUGGCCAUGAACGCCACCCUGGAGGGACGGGGAGAUGUGGACGCCGGAAGACGACAAGUAACAUCGCAACAGCCACAAGAAGAUCCACUGCUACAGACAGAGCCACAGGCACAAACAGAAGAGUUCCCUUCGGAACAAGACAUCCAGGAGGCCCUCAACGAACUCGCGGCAUCCAUAGGCGUCGGCUUCAUCGGUGACACCGGCCCCCAGUGGCACUACCCGGAAGAAGAAAUCGUCUUUUCCUCCGUCGUUGGUUCCUACCACGAAGAGCCCGGCGGCGUCGAAAUCAGCUGCGGUUUCGGGUACGCGCACUCUCGACCGCACCCGCACCGUUCGUGCCCAAAGCCAGGGGCGGAACCGGGGUUUGCACCCACGAGUGGCAAGAGGACGACCCAGGGCCCACACGCGGACCCGCAAACGGACCCACUUUGCUCGGGCCGAAGCGCAACCGGGAGGGACAAGCGGCUCGUGCCCUUUGGAUCGAGGCACGCGAACUCGAUCGCACACCCGAACGCGAAGGCCAACGUGAUGAGCGAGAGCUACACCAGUUCGUGUGCCUACGGCACCGCCUCGGACGACAGCAAGAGCUCCUCUCUGGGUGGCGGCAAGAGGAGACUCCGGCUGCGCAAGCGAAGCAGCCGGUUCAAGCCAAGUGAAGACCGCGAGAAUUACCACCACCAAAGUAGCAGCAGCAGCAGCCGGUUCGCCCGCUUUCGGGAAGCCGCCCGGUGCCUUCCCUUUGAGUACGCGUCGAGCCUCGCCACGAUGUGCGUCCGGCCGCCCUACGGGGUCGACGCUCCUUCCAUCUUUUCGUUGCUCGACCCGCACACCACGGACGAAGACUACUGCGGGCGGGCCCUGAUCUCCUCCCCGCAAACGAUCCAGGUGGCCAUUGCCGUGCACGCGGACAACUCCAGGAUGCUCCUCUUUGGAAACGCCGGGCUUCGAUACCAGAAGCAGAGAGGCGAUCGGCACUGGACCGACGUGGAGGACGUGGGCGCCCUGGACGUACCCCUCGGCUACGUUCGAGGACAAAGGCAAACCAGCGGCUCCUCCUCCAACGAGUACGAGUACUCUCUGGACGAGGUCUUUGAGCAAGCGAUGCUGGUGCGGGAGCAAUACUGCAGCGCCCUCCUGGGUGCGGCCCUGGAGGAGUCGGACCAGAACCACUCGCUACUGUCUACCCCACCAAACCUCCAGCGGACCGCCUCGCCGCCCUCCCUGGCGAUAUCGACCGUCAGCGCCUCGAAAGGCACCCCCGGCUCGGAGUACUACUACGACGGGAGCAACCGCACGGGCAACGGCGGCAGCAUCCACAACAACCUCUACGGCAACGACUACUACGACCUCAACGACGACGAGGGAAGCCCCGCCCGCAAGCGGCUGGACUUUAUGCAGUGCCUCUCGCCCUCGGUGACCUCUCCCUCCGAUGGUACCGGCACCGGCGCAGAUGGUGGCGUUUGCCCAGCUCCCCGCCCCACCGGCCGCGAGCUCAAGCUCCGAAAGAGGAGGCGGAGAAAGGCCUACCGGUUCUGCCAAAAGGUGCUCAUCGUCUUUUGCUUUUACUGCACCGGGAUCUUCCUGGUGGUGAACCUCACCGGGGUGGGCCACGAGCGGCUGGCCAUGAUCGCCUCGAUUCUCCGGGACCAGAUUCCGGACCAAAGCAACGACAACGGCAAUGGCAACAGCGGUGUCCUGGUGGAAUCCCUGCGGUCGUUCCUGGACGCCGUUGCGUCUAUGGAGGAUCCCCCGCAAACGCAACCACAAGACACCAACGCCCGCCAGGGCGCGCUCCAGCGGCUCGGCAUCGUUGGCCUCUUUUCUACGGGUGGCAGCCUGGAACGCAUGGAACGAGAGUGCUCCCUCUCCCUAGAGGCAGCGACCAACACCACCCUCUCCUACCAGCGAGAAGCUUUGGCGCUCCAGGCGUCGCUGGAGGAAGCCUCCGAUCGCUUUGCGGCCCUCUCCACCGAGCACGAGGCGGAGCUGGACCGCGGCCUCGCGCUGCGGUCGGAACACGAGGAGGCGGCCGCCCUGCUCGGGGCCGCACUCCGCCGGUCCGAGAGGGCCGAGGCCGAGCUGGACAAGGAGCGGUCCCUGCGGAUCGGCCUCGGGCAGCGCGCGGGGGUCCUGCAGGAAAAGGUCGCGGCGCUGGAGGCGGCGCGGACCGAGGAGGAGGACCGAAUCGGCAACACCGCCGCCGCCACCGAGGAACUCCGGUCCAGGCUCGAUGCGCUGUCCGCCGAGCUCGCAAGAGAGCGGUCGCUCCGAAAAAGCGCCGAGGAACGAGCUCGGGCCGGGCCGCCCCCGCGCGAGAUUGCCGAGGAGCGCUGUUCGUUGCAAGGAACUCCUUCCGAGCCGGAUCGAGCACUCGAACCAAAGGAUCGGUCUCCGGAGACGGGGUCUCCUGUGGCGCCGGAUCGAACACCGGAACCGAAGGCUUCCGCCACCCUUGUGGAAUCGCCCUCGCAGCCCCGUCCCGCGGACUCGGGCCUCGGCGGCAGCAACAGCAUCGGCAACAGCACCGUGGCAGCAGCGCAAUCGCCGGUGGACGACGGUUCUUCGAAAAACCACAGCGAGCUGCACUCCAUCCAAAACGUUCUGCUCAAGAGCGCCCUGUCGGACAAGGGCCCCCUCUUGCCCAAGGUGUACCGAAAGAUCACCAAGGGCUUUCGCUUUGGAAUCGUGGACGCGAUGCACGCGUUCACGGACAUCCAUCCGAACCCAAACUCGAACGCAGAGACCAACGCAAAGACAAUCCCGAAAGAGGCUCUCUCGGUUGUUACCGGGGAGGAGGCCGGUUCGAUCCACAGGUCCGCGAUCGGCAUCGGGGGAAUCGCCAUCGAAGGACUGGCAUCCCCCAUGCACGCGGGCCAGUUUUCGCAAACCCUCCGGGCCCACUGGAAGGAAGAGGCCUCACAGGCACUGGACCACCUCGUCCGAUCGGUGCCGGUGGCCAGGAUCGCGGACCGCACCAGGGAGAUCGGAGCAACCCUCCGGGCCUCGACCGGUGCGGUCCUGAGGCAGGGCCGGAAGCGAUCGGGCGUGGUCCGCUCGCGCGUGGCCAAAAACGUGGAGGAGGCCGCGGAGGCGGGGAGCACCAAGCUGGACCACGGCCAGGUGGCCAUGCGGGAGCUCCGCGGCUUUGUCGGGGAACGCCUCGGGGCCGCCGGGAGGAAGGUCGGGGCCUUUUGCGCCGAGCGGUGGGAGGCCCGCGGCCAGCCCCCCGGGGGCCUCCGCCGCUGGCUCGGGAGCGCCAACCACUACUACAAGGGCUUUGUCGGGAGAGGAAGCGGCGCCGAAGGAACCAAGGAAAACGCGGCCUGAUGCGAUUGCAAUUGCAAUUGCAAUCGCGAAAACCAUGUCACGAGACGACCCACCAACCAAGAACCAAACGCGCACAAGCCCAGAAUGAAAAAGCUAACACCCU